AUGUCAUCCUCCGAACCCGUCCACCUCUUUGAUAUCACCUCCACUCUACCAGGCUCCUCCAAAUCCUGGUCCCCAAACACUCUCAAAGUCCGCGCCGUCCUCAACUUCAAAGGAAUCCCCUACACCCAAUCCUGGAUAUCCUACCCGGACAUCGCCCCUCUACUCAAAAGCCUCGAUGUGACCCCCAAUGCAGCCGGCUACCCAUACACUCUCCCCACAAUCAUCCACAAAGACUCCAUAUCCACCAAUCCCCACGGCGCAAUGAUGGACUCUCUCCCGAUCUCUUCCCUUCCCCCCCCGCUCUUCCCCUCCGGCGACGCAAGUUACGCCCUCUUCGUCGCUCUCAGCAAAGUCGCUGGAGGCAUGGGCCCUGGAAUCCGCCAGCUGGUCAUACCCAAUGUGCUCCAGCAUCUGGACCCCCGUGGCCAGGAGUACUUCAGUCGUACCCGGGCGGUGACUUUCGGGAAACCGCUAUCAGAAGUUCGGCCCAAGGACCAGGCUGCGUUGGAUGAGAUCUGGAAGACUGUGGAGGCGGAGAGUCAGACGUUAGUGAGCAUGUUGAAAGGGCAGGAGGGUAAGAAGGGGCCCUUUCUUGAAGGGGAGAAGGCUGGGUAUGCGGACUUGAUGUUCUGCUGUAUAUUGGCUUUCUUUGAGCGGAUGGAUACCGCGUUCUUUGAGAAGCUGAUGGGUCUCGGUGAUGGGGAAUUGAAGGCACUUUGGGACGCGUGUAGGCCAUGGUUGGAGGGCCAGGGUGAGGAGAAGGAGUGGCCGAUUCCUGUGCAAGAGUGA